GCUGGUGGGACGGCCCGCCUCUAACAAUGGAUUUGCUGUGCUGUUUCAUGGGAAGAAAAAAAAAAAAAACCAACCAAAAAAAACAAAACACGCCAUAAACCAAAGACUAAAUGCCCAGCUGGUGGCUGGGACACCUUGCUGAAGAGGACCCAAUAAAGUCAGGGAGGCUAGUGGUGCUGUUUGUGUCCUAUGAGUUCCACACCAGCACACUGGCUGCUCACAAUACAUUCAUCUAGUGUUACUGCAGGGGGUCUCCAGGCCGACCUCCUAACUGAAAACAUCAUACACCUUUCAUGCAAGUGUUCAACAUGCUAGUGUUUACUCCCACUGCUGGGCAUGCAAAACAACCACGGAUCCCUCAUGUUCUCCUUACCUUUGUUCCCCUCCCUGCGAGUUGGGUGCAGGCCCCAGUCAGCCUCUGCAGGCCUCUCUGAACCUCAAGGUCUGAGUUUGAGGGGACCCAAGAGCUUGCCUUCUUAUUUCACAGACGGGGAUACAGAGGCCCAGAGACCCUGUGUACCUUGUCAAGGUCCUGGCGCUAAGUCUAGAAACUAGCUGUCAUGUCAUAUCCCUUGGUCUUGGGAUAUUUUCACUUAUCCAUUCAACAUGUGACAAGCAUUUCAAUAAGCCAGCUCUUUGAGGAGCUGGGAACAGGGAGAUGAAAGGAGCUUCUGCCCCGAGGAGCCCCUGGUCUUUGUUGUUAUGAUGGUGAGAAGCACUGGGAGCUAACAUCAAAGGGAGAGAGGCCUUUGGAUGCUUAGAAAGAGUCUCCCCACAGUUCCUGUCCUCCUCUGGAUGCAGCUCAAACCAAAUCAGCACAAACCACUAAAUAAAACCACUGGAAAACAAGGUCAAAGUGACAGAGGUCAACAGCACCAACAAAAGUGCCUUCUUAGCCAUCCUGGAGCCAAGCUGAAGAGCGGCCCCAAGUGACCAAGGGUGGGACUCACGGUUGGGCCGUGCCCCCACCCCAGCACAGCCUCGGAUGAAUCACACACCAGAGAACAACGGGGCUAUUUCUCGCAAGUCAUUUGUCAAGCUGACAUCCCUGCCUAGAGUUAUUUAGGGCUUUCUACAGACACUUCUUUCCCUCCCUGUCGCAGGAAGCACCUGCACGGCUGUUGAGUUGUGGUUUUGCUCAAUAGCACUUUGAUAUCCCUUAAGGCCUUCUUCAAUUACUCUUCUGUCCCUGCCCAAUUGGACUUUGGCUGAGGCAGAGAUGGGGAAGCUUCGAGAGGAUGAUGGAGAGGAAAAGGAUGAGUCCAACCGGUCCAUGAUGGUUUGGGGAAGAACCCGCGGAAAGAGAGGGCAGGAAAUUACCAAGCAUCAUCUGGCUGUCUGGCACCAUCAAAGAACUGCAUUUCUGACCAAGAAGAGCUUAUGGGUGGAUGGGGGUGGGAUGGAGGCUGGGAAGAGGACUGAUGCCAGCCAGCUGCCUCAUGGUGUGCUGGAAACACGUGGCCAUGCCAUUAGCAUCCUGUUGGGUUUCUGGAUGAGUUUCAUCUGCGACACCUACAUAGUCCUCGCUUGGAUCAGCAAGAUAAAAGGCAGCCCUGGUGUUAGUGCCUCCUCUGAUGAGCCACACACCAGAAUCCAGCAGAGCAGAAGGCAAUGCCACGCAGAAGAGGACCAAAGUCAGGUGCCAGAAGCAGGUGACAUCUCCACUCUCAGUUCUUUGGAGGCAGCUAUUUUAAUAGAACCACUUUACUGCAGCUAUUUUGACAUGAGGAUAUUUUGGUAUGGCUCAAAAAUUCAGUCGAUAAAUGUUCAGCUUUUUAAAAAAUAAAUGAUGAGUAAAACAGGCAUCUUGCAGGCCAUCUGUGAGCUUUGCCUCAACCUUGAUCUUCACCCCAUUGUCAAUCUUACCUCCAGGCAUCAAGGGUAUAAGGAUUGGGAACAGAUGAAGGAAAGGACUGGUAGAGGUUCAAAAUGAAAGAAAUAGCAGGUCAGGACCCCAGGAGGGUUGAGGGUCUUUUAAAGUAAAACAAAACAAACAAACAAACAAACAAAAAACAGGGUCAACCAAAUUCAGAAAUCAGGUAGAAGUCAGAGAAGGAAUGAAAGAUGGGAAAUUGGUUAUAAACCAAAUACAGCGAGUCUGAAUUUUGGCUUGUUUUGAGGCUGCUGUAUCAAAACAGUUGUGUUGGAAGAGCUGCAUGAAAUUGUUGGGCAAGACAUAGUCCACUCAUGAUUCAGAUGAGCUCAUUUUGCCUCUUCCAUGGUUGAUUUCUGACUCAUAAAUGUCUAUACAUUUCACUUUAUGGCUUGUGUGAGCCUCAGUUUCCCCACAUAAAAUGAAGAUGAUGAUGCCGGCCCUUCCUCUUCCCCACCUUUUGCUCUCCCUCCAAGUGACAUGAUAAGGAAUGAGCCAGCAUCUUGUAAACUGCUCCAGGCCACCUGGAGAAAUGUGCUUGCGUAAAUAGUCGGCAUUAGUGUACGUGAGUCUUCUAUGAGUAAAGAAUUUCAGAGUCGGCAGCCGUCUCUGCCUGGUGAUUCAUGUGGGCACAAUGAUGCCCUUAGCUACAAUGUAUGGUGUGGGUGAUGAAUUUGUUCUUGUCAUGGCAGAGGACUGAGUAUUCUUUACCCAAAUGCUACAGAUUGAGUUUGCACGUGGGAACUAGAUUAGCUCUGAAGAGAGCUGAAAGGAACCUGACAUUUCUGCCUGCAAUCUAGAGCUUCAUUGUACAAACAACCGCAGCAGCAUGUUUGUGCCCAACCAUUGGCUUUCCUUUGCCAACAAAGAAAAUCUUCUAAAUUAUUCUGCCAUUUGUCAAACCUGCCAAAGUCCCUGGAGGCAGUUCUGGUAUAACUGAAGGUGGAGAAAGAAAAUAUUCUCUCUACCAGGUUUCACUACUUCCUGUGUUGGUUGUUCACAAGGGGAGAGCUUCUGCAUCACAGGAUGAAGCUUCAGUGAUUUAGACGUGGAAUAUCCUUCCAGGAUUAGGGCAAGGAGGCCCCAGCCUCCAGAAGCCUGUCUUGCAGCUUCCGCGUGGCUGGGCAGCGGCCUUCCUUUGAGCCUUCAGGGUGGAAAUGAAGGACAUGUGUGUCUCUGCAGCACUUCCUGCUUUGGCUCAUCCCUAUUUUCAGAGCCAAAGCACCAUCUCCUCUGGUACAGUUAAUCUUUGUUCCUGCCACUGACCCGUCUAUCUUUAUUACUUUUCACCACGUCCUGGCCUUCAGAUUUCUUAUGGAUUUCUUUCUCAGGCAUUGUGUUUUGAUUCCCUCCUCACAUUUACUUCCAAGUGCCAAGAACAACUCUGUUCCGGCAGGAGGAUAUUAUUUGGCUUAAAAGGGAGAAUGAGCAGUGGCUUCUCCCCGUCAGCAUUCUUUAGGUUUACAUGGGAAUUCAUUCUGGGAACCAUUUAGAGUCUCCUUCAAGCCUCUCCCCGACUGACAAAGUUUCUGUCCCAGAGAGUUCCUUUGCUUCCAUUGUUUCUAAAUGGAUGAUGAGAACCUUUCUUUCUGAGCCUGUGUAGAAGGGCUCAACACCCUUCCCCUCAUUAGUCCCCAGAGAUCUUGGCUGAGCCCACAAUGAAUACACGUUGGGUAUUGUUACCAUUGUUACAGACUUCAGCAUCAACUCCAGUAUUUGAUGGUCCAAUACACCUUGAAUCCUCUUCAAGAACUGUUAGUUUUUCCCACCUUUGAGAACCACACUCACCUUUUAGGGCAGCUCUUCCUAAGUGACUAACAAACACUCCCUGGUUGAGCUGGAGGGGACAGGUCCAGCCAACAAUGGCUUCUCUGUUGACAUCACUCAGGCCUUAAUGACACAGACUAGGCACAACAGCUAGUGCCCUCAUGGGUGCCUAUUAAUAUUUUGGGUAAGUUGUGUUGUCCCAUCCACCACUCUGUACAGUGAUUCUGGAAUUUGCUAUUUGAUACGAGUAAAUGAAGAGAUGGAAGGGGCUGUUCACCACUCAGGCUGCAAGCAAGCCUGUCAUGCCCAUCUGCAAAGAGGACUCCUUGUGUGCCUCCAAAAUGGCCUUGUCCUUAACUUGAUCUGCUUGGACUGAUUGCAAACAGUGGCUUAGCUUCCUCUAGACCAGAGGACAUUCUGUGCUCCCAAAACAGAAUGCUACACAUGGGAACAAGGGAAAGGGAGGCUUUGAGAGGUCAGCCAGCAAGGUCCCUGCUUCAAGCCUAAAACCAGUGUACUUAGGUGAAGAUUCAGCAGGAUAAGGCUUUGCGAGGAAUAUCCCUAGCAUGUCAAGGUGAUCGCAGGAAAAUUGACGUGUUUUCUACUGAGCCUUUGAGAGGGACUCCAGGGCAAGUAAAACCCAAGUGCUCUGUGCAGCAUCCUGCUCAUGAAUACUCCCUUUAUUGGCUAACCCACCUCUCUCUAUCUUGCUUCUCCAAUCCCUCACUGUGUUUCUGGGGAUCACAUUCCCAGUAAACAUUUGCAUCUAGAUUCCUGUUUCAGGAAUCGAAACUAAGACAGUGGCCCGGUUCCUGCCUCCUGAGAGUGCCUUUAUGUGGUGGGUUUUCAGCCCCGCCAGAUUCCUGCUGAGUGGCAGGUAUGCAUUUCCAUGUUGGGCGUUGCCCCCUUUCAGCCACUGGCCAGGAAGAUUGUGGCUCUGGUAGAAAUAAUUAUAGAGUUUGUCAGGUUGGAAGAAUCUCAUCUCCAGGAGGACCCCCCCAGUAGGCCAGCAAAGAUAAGAAACAGAAUGAAGAUGGGUGCAUGCCUGUGGUCUCAAUUGGGGAGGCUGAGGUGGGAGGAUCACCUGAGCCCAGGAGUUUGAAGCUGCAGCGAACUAAGAUGACAACUGCACUCCAGCUUGGGUGACAGAGACCCCAUCUCAAAUAAACAAGAAACAGUGAAUGGAAUUAAAACAGUGAAUGUUCAUUAAAAACAAUGCCAAAUUGAAGCAAGCUUGGAGUUUUCUUGUUGAGCACAUGGGCUCCUGAGCAGGUGCAGCCUCAGCUACUCCUCAUUACCUUUCACCAGGCAAGCCACGCCUGUAAGAGCUCACUUUCACGGCGCAUGUCUGGAUUGACUUACUAUCUAAAUUUCUCUUAGUGCUGCAGCAAGAGAGUCCUCUGCAGCAUAGGAAGGUAGCAUCAGAACUCCCUGGGGUAGGAUCAGGUUUCUGGAUGAUGCAUUUCUAUCAGUUCUCCUGAGUUCCAGCAGACAGCAGAUUCGACUUGCAACCAAACAGACAUAUGAAAGUAAAUGUGCACUCCUAACAUUUUGUAACCUGCCUCCCACAAAACAGAAGGCACUCUUCCCUUUGCCUUAUUCCCUGCCUUGCUCUUGACAUUUUUACAGCCGACUUUGCAUUUCUGACACCUCCCACUUGAAUUGGCUUCUGGUCUCUCCUGGCCUGAGAAUCCCAGUCACGUGACCCAUCCCAGUGCACACUCUCGGCUCUCUUUACGGCCAGGCCACACUCCUCCUUGCCUUGACAUUUAGGGCCUGUCAUUUCUUUUCCUCUUCUGCUCCAAUAAAUCAGGACCAGUCAAUCAACAUUCACUGCCCCCUGGGUGGUGUUUAGGGAAGCUGAUGCUGGGCUGAGGAGGCUUUUCUGUGUGCACGGGGGUUGAAAGCAAGCAUUGCCUUUCUGCUCCCAUCCUGUGGCUUAGCGACAGUGAGAAUGAAACCCUGGGCAGGAGCCCAGGCUCCAUGUUCAGGUGUUUUGUCUGACUUGUACAAAGCUGAGUGCUCAACCCAGACAAAGCAACAAUGGCCUGCUCCUGGGUGCUGCCUUGUUUAUAGGUCAGACCUGUGCCACUGGUUUAGCUCGUUCACCUGAGAAAGUCUGGUGUGGAAUGGAAUGAUCAGCAGCCUGAAGACACAGAGGCUGUGCCAGUUCUGGCCCUCCCUGCCUCCCAUACCACAUGCUGGAACGUGGGUUUAAUCCAGCCUAGAAGCAAAGGGAAGCAAACCUCUUGAGUGCCUAGUGGCGGGUGUUAAGUAAUGCCCUUCAAGGGCAUGAAUGUAUGGGAGGAUAAAGUCAUCAGAAAGAGAGAAAGCAGAAAGCAAGGGAAGAUAGGAAAUGGGAGAGAUCAAAAUGAGAAAAGAGGAAAAUGAAUACACAAAGCGAUCAUUAGGCAGAGGAAUAGCUGGCUGCCACUUACAACUCUUUGAGUGGCACUGAUGCCAUUUGUUAUCCAUCCCUGUUUCAAAGUGGAGUCAGGAGCUA